AUGGCCUCAAACGAAGAGAUUCAGCCACUGCCAAGAUUUGCGGCGACGCCAGAUUCGAUUGCGGAAGAUGCAGAGAGACUCGUUCAGCGUUCACGACGUUUCCACGAUGAUUUGGUUCAGACCGUCACUCCGUCGACGGCUACCUUUGCCAAUGUUAUACUCCCUCUUAUCAACAUGGAAAACGAAUUCGCCCUUCAGUCCAACAUCCUCUGCUUCUAUCGACAUGUUUCUGAAGACGCUGAGAUCCGUACGGCAUCAAGCAAAGUCCAGACAUUAUUUAAUGCCUUUCUCACCGAGUUGUUGAUGCGUGAGGACAUCUUUACCCUUGUCCGUACAGUGCACAACCAGAGCAAGGAUCUUGACCAGGAGUCCGCGUCACUAUUGACGUUUGCAUACAACAGGCACAUCCAGACGGGGGUCGGGUUACUUGGCGAGGGUCAGAAGCAACGCUUUCAGGCCAUACAAGCAAGGCUUAGCCAAAUAAAAACAACCUUUCGAGAGAAUCUCGUUAGCGAUAAGACUACUAUCAGUUUUACCUUGGCCGAGCUGGAAGGCGUUCCCGAUAGGAUCCUAGCAAAAUUGGAAAAAAAAGGCGCACCACAGGACCAGUACGAGGUCAUUCUUUCUAAUCCUAGCCACACGGAGAUUCUUUCAUACGCAACGAGGAGCGAGACGAGAAAACGUAUGUUUAUUGCCAGCCAGAAUAGAUGUAGUGACAAUGGGCCUCUUCUCAAGGAAGCUGUCAUUCUCCGACACGAAUCCGCUUGUCUGCUUGGAUUCCCAAACCACGCUGCUCGUCAACUUCAAGGGACGAUGGCCGAAACUCCAAACACGGUGAACGAUUUUCUGGAGGAUUUACGCAUCAAGAUCACACCAACUGGGCUAGAUUCAUUAAAGGUGUUCAAAGAUUCGAAGAGGGACCAUCUCAGUAAUCAGGGUGAGGCAGACCAGCAUAACGACCGGUUUUUUCUUUGGGAUUACCAGUUCUACCACCGCCUGAUACUCGAGCAGGAAAUUUCGCUCGACAGGCAGAAAUUGAGGGAAUAUUUCCCAGUACAAACAACCAUCGCUAACAUGAUGAGUAUAUUUGCCCAUCUGUUUGGAUUGGAGUUUACAGAACUGCAGACAGGCGAGAAGACCCCGCACAUGCUCUGGCACGAAGAUGUCCAAGUCUUUCGAGUUCAUGAAAGCCGGGAGCGUGGUCGCGAGUUCCUCGGACAUUUAUAUAUUGACCUUUUUCACCGACCAGGCAAAUAUGCACAAGCAUCGUGCUUUAACCUCCAGCCAGGGUUUACUCGGCAGGAUGGGUCACGUUCAUUUCCGGCAGUGGCAUUUCUCUGUGAUAUCCCUAAACCAACCUCGACGAAACCAAGUCUCCUGUGGCAUUUUGAAGUGGUACUUAUGUUCCAUGAGCUUGGCCAUAGCAUGCAUGAUAUUGUGUGUAAGACCAAAUAUUCCCGCUUCCACGGGCCGGAUGGCGUCCCUGUUGACUUUGGUGAACUACCAAGCCAAAUGCUUGAACAGUGGUGUUGGAUGCCAUCGCAGCUCAAAGCCCUCAGUUGCCACUACUCGUAUGUAGACUCUGGCAUGCUUGAGCUCUGGAAGACGGAGAAUGAAGCUGCUGGUGUUACCCAGCCGGAUAUACAUAUGCCAGAUGAGAUGAUAAAGUCUCUUCUUCAAGCUAGACGCCUUACUUUUGGGCCGUUGUUCUACCUAGACCAGCUGCAGCGAAGCAUGUUUGACAUGGCCAUCCAUCAGCCAUCCAACAUGAAAGAAGCCGAAUCACUUGAUCCAGCUGCCGUGUGGAACAGGCUCCACAGGGAAAUUAGACUCAUUGAUGGCCCUGAAGCGCUUGGUCAGGGAUACACCUGGGGACACGGCUACGCUACCUUCUCCCAUUUAAUGCAGGAUGAUUAUUCUGCUGGGUACUAUGCCUAUCUAUUUUCACAGGUGUUCGCGGCAGAUCUGUUCUUCACAGGGUUCAAAGAUGACCUCACAAAUAGCGAGCAAGGACAAAGAUAUCGUCAGGUCAUUCUUGAAAAGGGUGGAUGCCAAGACCACAUGCAAGCUCUUGGUGAAUUCUUGGGUCGAGCGCCGUCAGCAAAACCGUUUGAGAGUCUUCUCGGGAUUUGA